GUAGUGAUCACAGACUAAUAUGAUACUAACGUAACGUAACGUGGUAGUGAUUUAGUAAUUAUAUUCUCUUUGAUGUAUAUUCAAGUCUAUGGUUGGUAGUCUGUGACUGUGAUCUAUGCUGUUGUGAUUGUUGAUAGCACCAAGCCCAAGAUUUAUUUUAAAAUUAAUUUAGUUAACUAUAAAAUUGAAGAAAAAUAUUUAGACAGUUCCACAAUGGCUGAGCUCGCGGCGUUACUACAAACUGAAAUCCCUGAGGGACGAAACCAUUUGACGGACAGCCACACAAACCUUGAGCGUGUUGCAGAAUAUUGUGAAGCGAAUUACUUUCAGUCAGAAAAUAAACGACUUGCUCUUGAAAGCACUAAAAAUUACACUACACAAUCCUUAGCCAGUGUGGCUUAUCAAAUAAAUACUUUAGCGUAUAACUUUCUGCAACUUUUGGAGCUACAAACUAUGCAGUUGGCUGAGAUGGAAGGUCAGAUGAAUCAUAUAUCACAAACUGUAGCUAUACAUAAAGAGAAAGUUGCCAGAAGAGAAAUUGGGGUAUUAACUGCUAAUAAAGUGACUCCUAGGCAAUAUAAAAUAAUUGCUCCAGCCAAUCCAGAAAAGCCGAUUAAAUAUGUUCGAAAGAGCAUUGAUUAUACAGCUCUAGAUGAUAUUGGUCACGGUGCGCGUUGGAACGGCGGCUCUAGUGGUACUCCAAGGGGCCGCCGCUCAGUGUCAGCCCAGGGCUCCGCAACAUUGCCGGCACCCACUACGAAGCCACCCACGCCCCCAGCCGCUAUCCGCGCUGCCUCUGCCACUAACACCGGUACACUUGGACGAGGGACACUCGGCAAAUCGUCGCGUGAGUAUCGCACCCCGCCCGCGGUGGCGCCUCCACAAGUGCCUUCGCACUACGCUCCAAACUACCCACGACGACCUCCCGGGUACUCCACGUUGCCGGUAGCACAGCCGCAGGUUGGGAUGGUACAUCCUAAUCAACAUCAAACAAACUCGAACUACUCCCAGCAAGACCUACACUCAAGUAUGCCACCUCCACCUUCUCCAUUGAUUGGGUCCGACGGGGAGCAUAGCCAACAUUCAAUGAGUCUUCCAGGACAGCGCGCGUCGUCGUCGUCGGGCGGCGCGUCGGUGCGCGGCGGGUCGGUGUCGCCGCCGCUGCCGCCGCCGCCGCGCGACGACGAGCUCGCGCACGACCGCGCGCUGCACGCCAACAAUAAAAUGAGUGCUCCGUACUCAAAUGCGGUGCCUGCGAUUGUGCCCGAUGACGACGAUUUACCCGGUUGGGUACCGAAGAAUUAUAUAGAGAAAGUUGUAGCAAUUUACGACUAUUACGCGGAUAAAGAAGACGAGCUCUCAUUCCAAGAGAGCGCUGUGAUCUACGUACUGAAGAAGAACGACGACGGCUGGUGGGAAGGCGUGAUGGAUGGCGUCACUGGCCUCUUCCCUGGGAACUACGUCGAACCCUGUGUCUAGAACAUGAAAAAAUGCCGAUUAAGCAUGUAUUUGCUUUCAAUUUAAUAACUUAUAUGUAGCGGCACGAGUCGGGUGAACAUCUUGACAUGCGCAAUAGUCGAUUUAUAGGUCUCUUUGAUGAAUUACAAGGACACGGAGUGGGUACGGUGAACAUCAUCCUUUCACGUGAUCGGUCCGUUAGAUCUUUUCUAUUGGAUCAUCUAUUGGAUAUUUACGUGUCAUUCGCGUGCAUUAUAUUGACUGGUAAAUACACACGCGCAAAUACUGUCACAUGGUGCUCAUGACUCGUGCCGCUAUCACUCUCAUAACUAUUAUAGAAGGACGUUUAUAGUCUCUCACUAUUUAGUUACUGUUGUUUGGUUACUGUUGAGUUUUUCACUAUUUAGUUCAAUGUUGCAAAAUAGUUUAAAGAAUGUAGCAGAUAAUUAUUAUUGUUUUAUUACAUACGAUACCAUUUAAGCGUUAGUGGAAGCGACAAUAAAAUCAAAUUUGGUAUAUUAUGACAUUGCUUGUUUCAGGAUAUGCUUCAAUAAUUGAAACUGACUGUGCAAAAUGUAUUAUUUUAUUCAUUCCGAAUACAAUGUAAUAUUUAUAAAAAUAUAGUUAUAAUUGUAAUCAUAUAUUAAAAUUAGGGAUGUUACGGAAGUGGUUAUAUCGGAAGCGGAGUUUUUAAAUUUUGUUUGUCGGAACCAGAACCGAAAUCGGAACCGGAAUCGGAGGUGGAGGCAGAAGAGAUGUGUUAAGGGCAGGUCCAUUGCACUGUAUUUUUCUUUUCAGUUUCAAAUUUUUUGAUUUAUUCAAAUUCAGUGGCAUGCACAGACUUUAAAUGACUUUUUAACUAAGUAGUCGUACCUCCCUUUCCUGAUUAUAUCUUCCCAUAUAGUUUACACUUUGCUGUAUUCUCAGAAACUUCAUUGAAACAAUUCCAAAUGGCACUUGAUUCUGGCUUCAUUGUCCAAUUCAAAUAAUUUUGUUACACGUCAAAUAAAACACUACUAGAACUCUAAUAGGUAUAAAUGAAGCGCGAACACAUCUGUGAACUUAUUAAGUGGCGAAGCUUGCGAAGUCACUUAUUGAUUUCACGAUGUCUGUCCGUCUGUCCCUCGAUUAUCUCGAGAACGGUUACGAAUUUUCAAAUUCUGUUUUCAGCAAUCGAUUACUGAUCACCCAGGCAUCUGAACCUCCUAUUUUGAAACUGAUUGCUCAACGGCAACCGUUAGAAACCGCUACAAAGCUGAUUGCUUCGCCACUUUGCUAUGCUGUUAGCUUGUUAGGUUUAUUAUUUGUAUAUGUUUGAGAAAAAAUUCUCUAAAUUCUUGUUAAGUCGAAAACUCGUUAACUCGACAUUUUUGGCAUUUCCCUUAAAAUUCAAGUUAUCGUGAUUCCACUGUAUAGGAAUACCAAAUAUUAAAUACAUAAACAGGCGCGUGUGUGGUCAAGCGUAGUGAUUAUGGCAAAUCCUUCCUGCAUUGGGAGAGGUCCAUUAUCAGUUUGGGUUUUUACAGGCGAUAAAAGAACAGUAGAAGAGGUAAAUAUUUAAAAACAGUGCCGGAAAUGCAUGACAUUAUUUACCUGAAAAAGUUACGUCGAAAAUACCAUGAACACAACACAUUAAUAUGUACAAUCUUUUAAAUUUAAAAAAUAAUAUUUUAAUACUAAUUACAACACACAUAAUUUACUCCUCUUUUCUACUAUACCUAAUGCCAUUAUCACCCUGUCCACCUUUAUUUCAAUUGCAAAAUAAUGCAAUUUUAUUAUAAUGAGUUUAUAUUAUUUUACUCUCAAAAUAAGUUUAGUUCAUAGAAAUAAAAAAAUUAUAUGUAAGACUAUAUAUAUAUUGCAUAUUCAUAUUUCAAAUUUGUAGAAGGAAAUCAUGUUUAAGCAAAUAAAUUUAGCUGAUAAGACUAUGUAAUUAAUUUAAAUUCAAUCCAUAAUAAUUUAUAAUAUAGAAGAAAAGUAUGU